UCAGGCCCCCUUUGGCAUUUUCCGGUCAAAAUGCAGCGUUUUUUCUCGAGUUGAUUAACAAUUUUCAGAGGGUCGCAGUGUGUUGUGUAUAUGUUUGAAGCUGUUGAUUAUUACUCGCUGACGAUGGCUGUGCAGCCAGCCAGCGAGACCCCGAUGUAGAGCUUGAAAAUAGCUGAACUCUGCAGCAUGUUUAAAUUUCGUCUUAAUGCCCAAGCGACUUGAUCGAUUUCGUUGAAAGCAUCAGCAGCACCGUGUUCUUCACCGUUGCCACAGUAUCUACCCGCACAGUCCAUUAUGCUACCUGGCUGAAUGGGUGAUUGUGUGUGAUGAUGUGAUCAGUGAUUGUGAAAUGUGUGGGUACUACACGAAUACGUCAAAGACCUCGCCACGUUGAACACUGCCACUAUUGGGGCCUUUCAUUGGGAAGUUCGCAUUGUUGUUGCUGGCUGUCCCUGGUAGUCCUCCUGCCGUACCAUGAUCUAUUAAGGAACAUUCCAUAAAAUCCCUGUAUACGGGUUUUAUCUGAUUCUAGUCAUUCUCUGCUGUGCUGAUUUGUUGGAUUUUUAUCAUUUUGAAACAGAUCUAUUUAUUGAUCCACCUUCCUGAAUAAUCCGUUUUUUAGGUUAUUUGCAUGCGAGGACGCUAACCACCGUCCACCGAUAAUCAAUCGGAAUGUCGGAAACCGGUUUGAAACGACGCGGUAACGCCAGUGCUGCCCGCAGCCAGUUAGACGGAUGGGACUCGGACCCCACCGACAGUGACCGCGAGAUCGGCAGCCGUCGCCUGCAGAAGGAUUCAUCCCGUGGGCGUGAUCUGGACAGCGCCAUCCGCGACGAUGACCAGCUAGACGACGACAUGGAGGACGCCGACUCUAAGGAGCAGCGCCUGACGCUCAUGGAAGAAGUACUGUUGUUGGGAUUGAAGGACAAGGAGGGGUACACCUCCUUCUGGAAUGAUUGUAUAUCCUCGGGAUUGCGGGGAUGUAUUCUGAUCGAACUGGGAUUCCGAGGGAAGAUUGAGCUGGAGAAAUCGGGCAUGCUAACCCGGCGGAAAGGCCUGUUGAGUCGGAAAGUGAUGUUGAAGGACGAGGGAAUGACGGGUGAUGUCAUACUGGACGAGGCGCUGCGGCAUAUCAAGGAUACGAAACCGGAAGAGACGGUGGCCACCUGGAUUGAAUACCUCUCGGGGGAAACAUGGAAUCCUUUGAAAUUACAUUAUCAGAUAAGACAGGUUCGUGAGCGACUCGCAAAAAAUCUUGUGGAAAAAGGCGUUCUAACCACAGAGAAGCAGAAUUUCGUGGUAUUCGACAUGACCACCCAUCCCGUUGUGGAUUCCGGUUCCAAGCAGAAGCUUAUCAAGAAAGCCCAAGAUGCUCUGCUAACCAAGUGGACCAACAAUGUUCAGAAGAUGAACCGGCGUGUCUUGUCGCUCCUGAUGCUGUCCAAUGCGGCCGAUGUGCUGGAAAACGCCCUCGCCCCCCUCGGAGACGACGACUAUGAUCUUGCGAUGCGCCGGUUGCGGGAACUGCUGGAUCUGGACUGCGAACAGCAGGCCCAGAAGCUCAUCCAGAUGAACAUGAGUAAUGGGGGCGCCGGUGGGACGACCGACGAGCAGCAGGGCACUGAAGGACGGGGUACGGCCAGUUCGCGGGUGGCGGCCAUGGUGGCUGGCGGGGAAGUGAUGUGGGCUGUUAUUGCUGCCUUUAUUAAAUAAUAAUUCCCGGGUUGAUGUUGAUGAGUUCUAGAUGUUAUGUUAUGUUCAUUUGGUUGCUUCAGAUUGGUUUUAUCUUGGUGGUCUUGUGCUUUUUGGCGGACAUCAUUUCUUGGCUUUUUUGUAUAGCCUGUAAUACUGGUGGUUUAGUUGAUUUCUUUGUCGUCUGCUCAUGAUUUCUUGCAGCGUUUCGGAUAUAACGAACGCAAUUUCUCUCCAUCUGUUUUACAAAAAUGCCAGUUCCACAUAAUUAUCGAUUUGGAUUCAAGAAACAAAAAAUUUAAUUGGUUGAUAAUUAAUCGUUGA